AUAUCUGAUCAAUUGUUGCCACAGUUCACAUCUGCCGGAGAAUAUCUCAGCAUCUCUGUGUUAAACUGUACCAUGAGAACCUGAACCUGAGUCCAGACAUAAAACCUUCCGAUUUACACCCUGAUCUCCAUUCAAAAUAAGGAGCAUAAGAAGAAUGGCGCCUGGAGCUUUCUCCAUCCUAGCUCCGUUCCUGCGGCGUAAAGUAAAGAAGUAUGAAAGGUUGGAUCAGGAGGACCCAGAGAAGAAGAAGCAGGACGCAACCAUGGAGGAACUCACAAGAAUAAACAUGAAAAUUGAUAAAUUAGUAACGUCAAUGACUAAAGAAGAUUUUGAAGCUCCAAGUUCUCCGGAAGAAGAGUGUGUGGGAUGUAGAUCAAGUAAAGCUGUGAUGUUGGUUAGUCCUUGCUCUCAUCAGAUCCUUUGUCGUCUUUGCUUUGUAAAAAAUAUCCAACAGGCAGUUGCAACCCGAAACCUUCCCCUGUGCUGUGUUCUCUGUGGCUGUAAGGUUCUCCGCGUUAAGAAUAAUUACAGAUCAACUCGAACCCUUCCCAAGUCUGUCUCCGGGUAUGAAGUGGGACGUCUACGACACUCUGACUCAAACUACUCCGUUACAUCCGGCCUUUCCGUCUCAAGCUGUGGAUCCACCAGAUCUGUCCAGUCUAAUAUCUCCGCCAGGUCCGGAGUAUCCGCCUCCUCCUGGUUCUCCAUAGACUCCCUCUCCAGCUUCCAGUGCGCAUCCUUCGACAGAAACCUUCCUAAUCCCAGGGCGCAUUCCUUGACAACCCGGAGAUCCCGACGCGGUUCAAACCAAGGUCCGGCGGAGCCAAGUCCAGGUAGACCUGGAGCUGUAAUACCAAACUCUCAAUCAACUCCAGCCCUGUCAACCAUUGAACCAAUCAAACAUGUGGAGACUGAACCUUUGCCGAAUAGUAUGCCAAAAUCCAGUUCUUCAGUUCCAGAAAACCUGUCAGAUUAUUUAACCUCAACUAAACCCUACCCUCGGCUCUACCGGAGAUCUCAGGGAAAAGAAAACCAGAACUUGAGAUUGAAGUUGAUUUCUCCGGAUCAAGCAGAAACUAGUUUCACCAUGUCUACCAUAGAGGAGGAGAUAGAAGGAGUAAACCUGAGCUAUACUAGUCAGGAGCUUAUAUCCGGAUAGACUUUAAUCUUGUUGUAACAAUAUCUCAAGAUUUAGUGACCAUAUUUUGUAAAUAGAAAACUAAAAUCUAAGGAAAGUCAAAUUAUAUUUUAGGAAGUUAGGACGAUAGUUGGAAUACAAUCUCGGAGUAUCUGGAUCAGUAGACUUUAGUUUAUGCUUAUAGUUACUAGUUGAUGAUCGAUGAUAGUUACAAGUUAGGGAUAAUCGAUUAAUGUUUUUUAGAAAUCAGCCAACCGACCACCGGGUUUUUUUUCAUUAAGACCUAAAAACAAUAAUGCGAUUUACAGUUUUUUCAAUAUAGUUCAUAUACGGUUGCAGUUCGACGAUUUAAUGUCAAGGAAAUCACUAUACAGGCCCUCAUAAAAAUAUUGAAAAAAAUUAUAAGUUACACCUAAUUUUCUUGCACAUUUUAUGCUGAAUUCAAAUUUGAAAACGAAUUAAAAAAUUAGUGAGCAUGAAAAUUCACCAAAAAAGUGUUAAAGCAAUUUUCGCCCUAGUUUUCGGUCUCAGCUUAUUCAAUUUUUAAUAUUUUUUAAUGGUUUUCAAAUUGGAAUUCAGCAAAACAUUUUUAUUAAGAUUUGAAUUUUACAUAUUUUGAUUUCUCCAAUGAUCUAUUAUCUCUAGAUAGCAGGACAAUAAUCUCAGGGUAGGACAACUCUUCAA